UAAAAGACAGCGACGUUUUGCUCCCACGCCCGGCGCACCACAAUCUCGACGCUCUCCUCAUGGGGCGCGCUAACCUCACCUGAUAGUAUAAGAAACAAAAUAUUAAUUAAUUAAUGUAUUUUCUAUAUUAAACCAAUAAUUGGGACCAAGUGAUAAGUGAUAACGAACUGACGGCAACGUAGAAAUACCACCAUGGACGACGCUCACUCGAAAUCCGUGGACGAAGUCUUAGGAUAUUUUGGUACAGACCCAGACAAAGGUCUGACUCCAGACCAAAUUAAAAGGAAUCAAGAGAAAUAUGGGCCAAAUGAACUGCCUACGGAAGAAGGCAAGAGUAUAUGGCAGUUAGUUCUGGAGCAAUUUGAUGACCUCUUAGUCAAGAUUUUGCUGUUAGCCGCCAUUAUUUCUUUCGUAUUAGCUUUAUUUGAAGAACACGAAGACGCAUUCUCCGCCUUCGUGGAACCUUUUGUUAUUUUACUAAUUCUUAUCGCUAACGCCGUAGUAGGAGUAUGGCAGGAAAGAAAUGCAGAAUCCGCUAUCGAAGCUUUAAAAGAAUACGAACCCGAAAUGGGUAAAGUAAUAAGAGGAGACAAAUCUGGCGUUCAAAAAAUUAGAGCUAAAGAGAUUGUACCCGGUGACGUCGUUGAGGUGUCUGUCGGUGACAAGAUUCCCGCCGAUAUCCGCCUGAUUAAAAUUUACUCUACCACCAUUCGUAUUGACCAGUCUAUCCUGACUGGUGAAUCUGUGUCUGUAAUCAAGCACACUGAUGCCAUUCCCGACCCUCGCGCUGUAAACCAGGACAAAAAGAACAUUCUCUUCUCUGGUACUAACGUAGCCGCUGGCAAAGCUCGUGGUAUUGUCAUCGGCACUGGUCUCAAUACUGCCAUUGGUAAAAUCCGUACUGAAAUGUCUGAGACUGAGGAAAUAAAGACACCUUUACAACAAAAACUCGAUGAAUUCGGUGAGCAGCUAUCUAAGGUUAUCUCCGUCAUCUGUGUUGCCGUAUGGGCCAUCAACAUUGGCCACUUUAACGACCCUGCUCAUGGUGGAAGCUGGAUUAAGGGAGCCGUAUACUACUUCAAAAUUGCCGUUGCUUUGGCUGUGGCUGCCAUUCCAGAAGGUUUACCCGCUGUCAUUACCACUUGUCUUGCUCUUGGUACCAGAAGAAUGGCAAAGAAGAAUGCCAUUGUCAGGUCUCUCCCAUCCGUCGAAACUCUUGGUUGUACUUCCGUCAUUUGCUCCGACAAGACCGGUACUUUAACCACCAACCAAAUGUCUGUUUCACGUAUGUUCAUCUUUGAAAAGAUUGAAGGUGGCGACAGCAACUUCUUGGAAUUCGAAAUCACUGGCUCCACAUACGAACCUCUUGGUGAUGUCUAUCUGAAGGGACAAAAAGUGAAGGCUGCAGAAUUCGACGCUCUGCAUGAAUUAGGUACUAUUUGCGUUAUGUGCAACGACUCCGCCAUUGAUUUUAACGAAUUCAAACAAGCUUUCGAAAAAGUCGGUGAAGCUACUGAGACCGCUCUUAUCGUUCUUGCUGAAAAGAUGAAUCCUUUCAAUGUACCAAAGACCGGCCUCGACCGCCGCUCGGCAGCUAUUGUUGUCCGCCAGGAAAUCGAAACCAAAUGGAAGAAAGAGUUCACACUUGAGUUCUCCCGUGACAGGAAAUCUAUGUCUACCUACUGUGUUCCCCUUAAGCCUUCUCGCCUUGGUACUGGUCCUAAACUGUUCGUUAAGGGUGCCCCCGAAGGUGUGUUGGAACGUUGUAGCCACGCUCGUGUUGGUACUGCUAAAGUACCUCUCAGCUCUACCCUUAAGAACCGCAUCCUGGAACUUACCCGCCAAUACGGUACCGGCCGUGAUACCUUACGUUGCUUAGCCCUGGCUACCGCUGACAACCCAAUGAAACCCGAUGAAAUGGACCUCGGCGACUCAACCAAAUUCUUCACCUAUGAAGUCAACCUCACUUUCGUUGGUGUUGUUGGUAUGUUGGACCCCCCUCGUAAAGAAGUUUUCGACUCUAUCGUUCGUUGCCGCGCCGCUGGUAUUCGUGUCAUUGUCAUCACUGGCGACAACAAGGCCACCGCUGAAGCUAUUUGCAGGCGUAUUGGUGUAUUCGGAGAAGAUGAAGACACAACUGGCAAAUCAUACUCUGGUCGCGAAUUCGACGAUCUUCCCGUUGCUGAACAACGCGCUGCUUGCGCUAAGGCUCGUCUCUUCUCCCGUGUGGAGCCCGCCCAUAAGUCCAAGAUUGUUGAAUACUUGCAAAGCAUGAACGAAAUCUCUGCUAUGACUGGUGACGGUGUAAACGAUGCUCCAGCUCUAAAGAAGGCCGAAAUUGGUAUAGCCAUGGGUUCAGGAACAGCCGUUGCUAAAUCUGCCGCUGAAAUGGUGUUGGCUGAUGACAACUUCUCCUCUAUCGUAGCUGCUGUUGAAGAAGGUCGCGCCAUCUACAACAACAUGAAACAAUUCAUCCGUUAUCUCAUCUCUUCAAACAUUGGUGAAGUCGUAUCCAUCUUCUUGACUGCUGCCCUUGGUCUCCCUGAAGCCCUGAUCCCCGUACAACUGUUGUGGGUCAACUUGGUAACUGACGGUCUCCCCGCCACCGCCCUCGGUUUCAACCCACCUGACUUGGACAUCAUGGACAAACCACCCCGCAAAGCUGAUGAAGGUCUUAUUUCCGGAUGGCUGUUCUUCAGAUAUAUGGCUAUCGGUGGUUACGUCGGUAUGGCCACAGUCGGUGCUGCUUCCUGGUGGUUCAUGUACUCGCCUUACGGACCAGCAAUGAGCUACUGGCAACUCACCCAUCACUUGCAAUGUCUCGGUGGUGGCGACGACUUCAAGGGCAUCGACUGCAAGAUCUUCACUGACCCCCAUCCAAUGACGAUGGCUCUCUCUGUACUUGUAACCAUUGAGAUGUUGAACGCUAUGAACAGUUUAUCUGAGAACCAGUCUCUCGUCUCCAUGCCACCCUGGUCCAACAUGUGGCUCGUCGGCUCCAUGGCACUCUCUUUCACCCUCCACUUCGUCAUUCUAUACGUAGAGGUCCUCUCGGCCGUGUUCCAAGUGACGCCUCUGUCGGUGGACGAGUGGAUAACGGUGAUGAAGUUCUCGAUACCCGUCGUACUCCUCGACGAGGUGCUGAAGUUCGUCGCGCGCAAGAUCUCCGAUGGUGAGAGGAACUCCCUGGUUGACUGGCUCAACGGCAUGCAAUGGAUUGUGCUCAUGUGGGCCGUCUUCUUUGGCAUCAUCAUCUACGGACCCCUAUAAGUCGGCCCGCCCUCGCGUAUCGUGCCACCCCGUUUGAUUUACACCUAAUACCCUCCCAUCGAACUCCGCGCUACCCACCCUCUAGACUCGACGGCUGCAGUAGUGUCCGUUUCCAGCGCAGUAGAAGUCUUCCUGGAGAGUGGGUAGCGCGGUCGCCCUGUGGAACCCUACGGACUAUGAGCUCGAGCUCACCACAGCCUAACCGUGUGUGCUAACCCGAGCCCGAGCGAGCGGGACUCCGGCGGCGGCUCGCGGGAGGCGCUCGUGUGUUUGCAUUUUGCAUGUGCGAGACAAUAAUUCAUUCUACAAUAGUAACCCCUCGGAGUCUCGAACUGGUACACGUUUCGUUUAUAUACAUACGAGAAUUGUGCGAAAGCUGUUUACGAGUCAGUGGCUGUGACGACUCCAACCGAAAUUUUGAAACACCAAAUUUUUAUGGUUUUAUGAGAAUUUACUAAGUUGUAAGUAAGUAGUAUAUUUGGAUUCAGUGGUAAAUUUUGUAUAAAUUAGUUGUUUGGAAAGAACUCCGUCGAUAAGUUGAGAGUAUACUCGCACAUUGCUCACUACCUCGUCCUCGGACGGCAGACAUAUUGUAUGAAAAUUACAUUAUUUAGUAAUGUGCAUUGUUAGCUUAGAUUAAUUUAUUGUAAGUGUAUUGUUAGGACGUCGUUAUUUCGACAACUGUUCUCGUUAAAAGGGAACUUUCCACUUUCCUCUUACCCGUGGUUGCUUUAUCCUACUCUGACGCAUUUCAAAUAUACUUUAGACUCCACUCGUUUGCAGUUAGCAUUGUGCUACUGUUUCAUUAGUUUUUUUGCAACUGCUAAUAAUAUUAACAAAUUUAUGAAUGUGUCUUCAUGCGUUAAAUAAAAAAUUGGAAACUUCAUUAGUUGAUACUGUGAUCUUGUCGACUGAUGCCUCACUAUGGACUCUAUAGCAUUCGAUGUUUUCAAAAUAAUUAAUAAGGUAGUUUUGAAAAUAAUAAUAAAGCAAUAUAGUCAAAAUAUUAACGAAUAGUUAGUUAAUAAUAAAUAUUAUUUGAUUGGUUUUGGUGAUAAAUUUUAGAUUAAAUUUAAGGAUUUCAUGGCCAUUUCGUGUGAUUUGGUUUUAGUUCAACUUCUCAAUAUUGGAACAUAAUUUAAGUUACAAAAAUGUGAAGUCUGUCAAUGUUUUAUAUUUUAUAAGAUUUAGUUUCUGGACAUUCGUAAGUUUGUAAAAAAUGAAAUUGUGAAAUAAAAAUCCUGCAUGAGUGCAUCGCAUGAUUUUUUUUUUUUAAUAAUACUGUUUUGUUUUUCUUUGAAAUGACAUUUCGAUUGUGGUUAAUGUAUUUACAGGUAUCUGAGGAAACUCUUAAAUAAGUUACGUUAUUUAAAUAAACGAGGCAAUCUGUUACCAACUACAUAUAUUCAACACUGCACAAUUGAGGGCAUGCUCAAAAAUUUGUUGUGAAUCCCAAACCUUUCCGAUUAUUAUUUAUAAAAAUAUAACUAUGUACUAAAAUGUUGCAGAUAACUAAAAUAUACACAUUUUAAAUUAAUGAAAACAUUGGAAUUAUUAUUCUUCCUACAUUGAUUUAUAGAGCCCUCUUCAGCCCCCACCCCCUCGACCUAUUAAAUUUUCAAUCAUAACUGUCCAAAAUUUGCACUCGUGUCGCAUACAUUAGUACAGCAGGUUACGUGUUCCUCGUUGACGCACACUAACAUGAGUUUUUCUUUUUUGUUUUCCCGCUAACAAACUAAAAAAGUUUUGCAAGCUUCAAUGUUAAAUCGCUAUUGGCUACAAUAUUGUAUCAAAAUGUAUAUCCAAAAUUAUUUUUUUCAAUGUGAACGUAGCAAUAAUAUGUUCAGUAUUUAUUAAUUAAUUGCAAUUAAAUUGAUGAAUUUAAAAUUUGGUUAGACUAAAUUAAUGAUUGGUUUCGUCAUAAUAUAAUUGCAAAACUUUCUCCCACUUCCUGUCACUGGCGCGGCGAGUCCAGUGGCCCGCAUGCACUAACGCGGUGUUGUCUGCCCCCAGCCGAGCCGACGUGGAAGGUGUAAGCGCCGGGACUCCGCCGCAGCGCACUGCA